GUCCCCCAAUGGUAUGAAGGUGCAAGUAAGGGACGAGCAGCCAGUUUCAUUCAAGGCCCGUAUGGGUUAUCCGCCUCUGUGUAAACCUUUCUUCGUAGGGUUAAGGGCACGCGAUUUGUGGUUUAGGGUUACCAUGUUAUCAUCGUGUAGUGCCGUCGGUUCAGGAUUGAGGCAGAUAAGAGGGGCUAUCCACGACCCGGGCAGGGCCUCGGGGAAGGCCUCUGUCAACGCAACUAUCUACGUAAUCUGUGGGUCGUCAAAUAAUGCAGGUGCUGUGAUAGUGUGUCUCUUCCCUGCGCUGAAGAGAUUCCCAUUGAUCCUUGAAGAUUAUGCUGUAGUAGAGCUUAAUUUCCCCGUUCGCUCUACAAUUCAUGGGUUUUUGGUUUUGGGUGACCGACAUGAUGUGUGACACAGCAGAAUGGUCACCGGUUUGUUCGUGACCGUUGCGGUCGUCGUUUGAGACGGAUGUAGCUGUCACGAGCGGAUGCCUGCUUUAGCGUUUUUGCAUUUCUUCCGUUAACGUGUGUGUCGCGACUUUAAAACGGAUUGUGGACGACUCCCCUUUUGUCAUAUGUGACGUGGAUCUGUGACAUCUGGAUGGAGGGAGGGUGUGGAUAGCACUGGAUGCUAGCAGCCAGCCUCCUCUUCUGAACACCCUGUGGAUACAAUCUGAAAAAGAUGCUCAGAUAGGUAAACCUGCAGACUUGUCUGUGAACCAUUACCAUAUGCAGCAACGAGUCCCCACAGGCGUACUUGAUGCGUUGUGGUUCUGUUAGUGGGCGAAAAGCUGCUGCUUCGAUGUGCCUGGUAUCACCAGUGCAGUUAUGAGAGAGUUGAGGUUCCAGGUGCCCCGCUAAGCAACCGAGCAACUAGCUGUACCGACUCCAGCUCAUGCAUACCUGUGAAGUCCGGUGACAUAAUGGACGCUAGAAGGGAGGGACUAGACCUGAUUUCCAUCAUACCAGCUUGACCGUAGAAACAUCCAUAAGGUCAAUGAGCAGUGCCCCUUUCACGCUGAUCCCUCGCCGUGCUUGUCCGUCCAGGGCGACGAAUACCGCGUAAGCUCUGCGAUGUUUAUCCAUUGCUCCGAAUACAAGACGGAACGUUUGCUUAAGUCACGUGUAUGGGAGACAUUGACGCAGCAGCUGCACGUGGGCCACCGCCUGGUAACCUUGUGAGUGACUUCUUCACCAGAGAUGAUGAAAAGUAGUGGAGAACCGAAUAUGCACCUUACGGGCGAGGCAGCUGCAGCUGUGCUCGAAGGCGGCAAAGUGGUUGCGACGUCAUCAGAGACAAAGAAUGAGAGCGGAGACGGUCGGACGGGAAGCUACACGCCAAACAAAGAUGGAGUCGUGCUACAGCAAGAGCAAGGAGAAAUUGCCACAUCUCGAACGCCUUGGAGACUUGCAGACACAAGGACUCGACAGGGGAAUGCUCGAGCGUCAACCGAAGAGAACUCGGACUCGGCAACGGUACGAAUGUUGACCACCUGCACCGAUCUUGUGGUAGCUUCGCGAAAGGGAAUGAGUGAUGCAAAAGACGACCCGAACGAGCGAUCCAUUCCUACGCUUCUGAAAAGUCCAGAUACGGCUAUAACAUACCCUGAACAAAUGGCGGACCCAGCCGCAACCGGAGGGGCGAAUCCGGAAAGGUGUUGCACGGAAGCUCGCGAAGCAUUCACACUGCCGUCGAGGUCAACAUCUGCUUCGUCGGUUGAGCAGCACAUGUCACAGCCCAUUCCGCGACUCCUUGCAGCGACCGUGGCCGUCAGGUUUCGUUCUCUAGAUGCCUUGCACGCUAAAAAUUGUCCCGUCGAGCCUUCGGCUCGCAUGCGUGAGCAGAUGAGAACUGACGGUGACGUAGUUGGUCGUUUGUUGGGAGCUGAGUCGCGGACGACUGAGGAGGGACCUGGGCGGUUCCCAAAGCCGGCAGCACACGGUGAGGAAGUGGAUCGUGAACGCGAUGCCGAAAGGCGUACCUUCAACGUGAUACCGCCGCGCUCACCUCCGGCCCAGCAAUGCAUAGCGACACCGGCACGCCAACUUAACCAAAUGCCAGAGAUACGUUCGGCGUCUAAGGAAACGCGUGCAGAUUCCGCAAACGCCAGUAGACAGGGAACGUCGAAUGCAACGUCGACAGUGCCCAAGGUAUUUUCGCCGACAGCGUCUGACAGAAACGUCGGGUCCAUAUUCACUGUGUACAGUCCGCCCAUACCAUCGGGCCACGAGACCAACGAACAGAAAACAGCAUUGUCGUCACCUCAGGGACAAAACAUCACCUCUCCGGAGCGACUGUUGUCCAUAGGUCCGCCUCCAUUCACGGAACGCCCAACGUAUAAAACUUUCCACAGCUCACCUCUUCGUGCCAAGUGGAGUGAAAGUGAGGAAUCCGCGUGUCAGCUCACUGAACGCGCUGGACAAAUUCCUAUAUCAGAGGGAUCCACCACCAGUUGUAGAGGCGAGGAUGAGUGUGGGCUACCAAUGGUUAGCCGUGAUAGCCUCUCCGAUUCAGUGCGACGGAAAGAAGCUGAUAAGCAAACCGCGUCGGAUCCUGCACCUCCGCGUGUUCCUUUGACCUCAACAAUCUUGGCUGACCGCCGUUCUGUGUUUUACAAGACGCAGAUGUGCCCCCAUGCGAUCCGUGGUCGUUGCCGACUCGACAAGCGUUGUAGCUUCGCCCACAGCAAGCGGGAACUCCGCACACCUCCGAAACUCGACAAAACGAAGAUAUGCGCCAGCGUGAAGGCAGGGAUCUUGUGCCCAAACGGUGACGCCUGUUCCUUCGCGCACAGUCGGAAUGAGCUGCGCCACACCGUCGCUUUUUACAAAACAAACAUGUGCCGCAACUGGAAGGCCGGAGCGUGUUUACAUCCAGAGACAUGCAACCACGCUCACGGAAUGUACGAGCUGCUUUUCUUUCGCAGCUUAGCUGCAGGAUCCGGCUGCAGGGAUUUCAAAAAAGAAGAGGAGGUGUGCAUGGGUAUGGGGUCGGGAACUGGCAAUUUAGACUCUGCGAAAAACAGCGAUACAAAUGAUUGGAAGUUGUUUACGGGGAAGGACCUGGAGGACGAGCGCAAUGGAACAAGCAACGGAACUGGCGUCCGUACUGAAGAUAACCGAAGAGUGUUUGCGUCAUCCACUCUAGAAUCUCUCACCCGUCAGCAGGACCUGCUCAGUAAUUCGAUCACGUCCGCACCCUCGCAGGGACAUCAAUAUGAAACAGUCUUCCCUACUUCAAGAGGAACCGAACAAGACUACAAGCAGCGCACUUCGUAUGAGCAGCCGGAUCCCGCGACCAGACGACAAUACUGUCUCGGAAGCUUCGAAUCACGCAUCCACUCUUCUGCGAACAGAUUGGAAAGUCCAGAACGGAGGAAAUACUCUGGUAACGAAAAUAUCCAGGAAGCUGGAAGCAACAAGGUCGAAAUCCCUGUGCAUGAUAGCACUCGUACAGAUAAGGGCAGAGUCCGGCUGCCUUCCGAGGGAGGUUCCAAGCAUGGCACCACGGGUACGCGGAAAGGACGGAAGAGAGGAUCCGGCGCUUUUGCGGGCUGCAGGAACGGAAAAGCAGUGAGCGGUUCUUACCCAACGUCGCUAGUCAGUAUGAUCGUUCAAAACAGGAACCGUGCAGUGUCGGGGUGGAAACAGGAGCGUCCAUUUGUGGCCGAUGACCGCUACAGCUGUGCAACAGUGACCACGUUGACAACCCAGAAGCAGGUCGACUGUUCAUUCUUAGGUGGUUGUGGGAAAGAAACGGUCACGCAAGUAUGUCGAGGGACGACGGAGGUUGGUGGCGAUAAGACUGCAUGCGCUACUGCGUCACAGGUGGAAUCUCCUCAGACGUACCUGCAGUCAACAUCGCUUCAGAAAGAGAACAUAGUGACACGCAAAGACAUGGGAAUGAAGAGGCGGGGCAUGCGUAAGACAGCUGAGAACUUCACGAUGAUGGCAGAGGUCUCUGAAGCGGGAAUUCGUCCUCCUCCGCCACCGCCGCCACCGAAAGCUGUCGAGCAUAUCGAUCUAUUUGAUGACAGCGCCUUGGGUGUGGCUGCAACCGGAUUGUGGCCUUUUCUUUCUGCUGUUGCGGGGAACACGCAGCACAUGCGGCGACAGAAGGACAUGCAGCUCCUACUACUACAGCUUCAACGACUGAAGCGCGCACAAGUGGACCACGUUUCCGGAGAGCUGCUGGAAGAGGUUCAGCAGCAGCUACUAAAAGCAGCGACGAGGCCAAAAUGUCAGCAGCAGACAAAUGCGGGUGGAAUGUGCCUUCAGAGAAAGGGGACAGGGGAGUCCAGGACGACUGAGUUACAAGAGGGUGCCGAGUUGCACGACGGCUCUGAAAAUGAGGAUUCGUAUUUGAAGCGUCAGUUUUCCUCGUCAGAGCUGCUAGGUGAGGGUUCAAAAAAGGGGACCCGUCCCGGCAACCGGGAGCUGAGACAGGAGAGUGACACCACCAAUGCUGCUCUCAUAGCUCUUGCGAAUAAACUUUUGCCUAGUAUGGUACAGCCUUACUCUGGAAGGGGCGCAAAUAUGCCAGCCGUGAACGAUAAUUGCGUCCGGCACCAGCAGGUGCCAGCAAUCUGCAAAAAUGCGCUGAUCCCAGCGGUGGCUGUGGAAGAUGACGUGCCGGUGCGGAUGGGAUGCAAGACGCCGCAGGAAGCACACCCUUCAAUCCACAUGCAUGAGUCAUCCAGCCACGAAUACCGGUUGUUCGACGUCAGCAAUGCUGCGAGUGACAUGCCGGUUCCGCCAGUCGCAACAAUUCCAGAUCUGGCGGGUGUUAAUGCAUCGGUGGCUCUCCAACGAGCCGCCAGCGACCGUGUUCACGUGAUGUAUGAAGAGGCUACUGAAAGACUAACGCAGGAAGAAAGUUCGAUGGAAGCCCAAACUACCUCCUGUAGCCCCGUGAAUUUACCCGCCUCACUCUCACCAGCCCCUCUCCCAAAUGAAGAAACGGGAAGCUUCGAGUGUAUGGAUACUGGCGUGUCAUGGUCUAUAACUGAAGGAUCGAGGAACGUCCGACCACCGUCAGUGUCUCCAGGAGCAGCUGUAGAGAUUGUUGGCAUUUCCAAUGGAUUGCCAGAGCUCGCUUCACCACAAACCUGGAUUUUAAGCAGAACGGAUGUGGCUGAUAAUGUAGAUGUCGAGUGGGACAGAAGAGAGGCGGCGCGCGUGCCGUUCGUGACACGCGAUGAGUCAUCACCAGAGGCGGAAGCGGCAGAAGUUUUUGCAGCGCUCUGUCGAGAAUCCGCAGAAACUGGAAGACGGUCUACAGAGUUCCCAGCAUUCCCAUACCCCCCAAUAGAUAUAGCACAGCGGGCGUUGGUGGCGGAGAAAAACCACCGACGUCGGCAACGAUUUGAAGAAGCCAGCGACAAUGACAGCACCACAAUGGAGAAGGAACUUAGAAGUCUUUCCAUCGAAGGGGCGUCUGUUAGUCGGGCGGUCGAUUGGCUGGCAAUGGCAUUACCGACGGAGGAUUCCUGCACCGUGCAUAGCCGCGGGGAUAUGUUACCUGGUAGAGCAGACUGUGCAAUACGGACCUCCCUGGGACCGCCAGUGCCAGUAAGUUUCCCUGGGACGACAGAAACGCCUGUGCAGCUCGAUACUGGCCUUACAUGGAGGGAUGGGCACGAGUUGUGGGGAGGAGAUAUGUUGGAAUCGCCACAAGAUAUUCCCUGGAUGCCAGCAGCACUACCAGGACACGAAGACCACGUCACCGGUUUGACAAGCCCGGGAAGCCCCCCCGGGAACGCGCCCGCUUUAACUGCCAUAGAGUCGCGUUCUGGCUUCCUCCGUCCCCUAGGUUGGUCAGAGCUCAACGGUGAUGCUGGCUCUUUCCAACCCACCCAGGCUCACUCGGGGUCGACAGACACCACAGGUUUGAGUCUUGCAGUGAUACGUCAGCAGCUGGAAGUUAGGGAGGCGACAGUUGUCAAGAGAGACAAGGAGCAUGCGGAUGGAGAGACGGUAGCACCGCGUUUUGACGUCACCUCUGAGACCAGUCCUGGGAGCCCUGAAGGCAGCGCAGCGUCAAGCGAUAACAGUGGCAGCAGUGAGCCAUCUUGGGACGCCAGUGUCGGCGCCACACCUUCGGUUUUAGAAUCGAGUACUCCCUCUACUACAGCUGGCUACGGGUCGCCUACGUGGAGGAACAAGACAGCAAAUUGCGUCAUCGUCCCACAGGAUGAAACAGGACACAAGAAGCAACUGUUAGUGGAAGCUGAGAAGUGCUUCGAGGAGGGUAACACAAAGUCAUUUUGUACGAUCAGUGGGCAGCAGAUCCGUGGUGAUGCUCUGCUUGGAGACAAAAGCGGAGCUCAGCAAGCCUUGACUUCACUACCCGGCGAAGACUCUUCGUCGGCCAAUCGCAUCGAAAGCAUAUCAGCACAGUGCAGUGUUCCAGAGGAUUUCGCCGUUCCUAGCGGCGGAAUGAAUGAGGCAGAUUUAGCUUUGUUGAAAUUGAAGACAAGCAUAGCUGGUAUGGACUAUAUCCCUAGUAAUCAUGACCCAGGACAUGCUUCUUGCAAUCAGUGGAGGUUGACCCGCCACCCUGUACGUUCGAAUUUAGUGAACAAUGACGAAGAGGGACGACAAAUUUCGUGUUCUGUGGACUUCACUGCAUUGGCUGGAAAAGCGGUGCACCAAGGACAAGGUGUGCCGGCGUCCGAACGGGCGCUACACCACAUUUGGAAUCUGGACACACAGCAGGCCGCGCAUCUAUCUCUUGGACAGCGCCGGUCUCCGGCGGUUCAGAGUAAACACGGGAUAGCAGCUGAAGAUGACGCUGCUUUGGGUCCAGCAUGCCGUCUUCCUUUUCGUAAGAGUGUGGAAAGCAUGUGCUGGCCGUGCCGUCGUCUGUGUUGUCACUCGGAGACGGAAACGCAGAGUAGUGUGGAUACCUUUGGUCAUACCAGUGUAGAUCCACUUACGUUAAUUGAGGGUAUGAUGCACGCACUCGGAUUCGAGGGAUACAAGCAUCGAGUCAAUUUUUUUUGACGUAUAAAAACGGUGCAACGACUAGCACGCUGCACGCGUUCGUGUUGUGGGCGAGCACACGGCCGUGUGUGUGUGUGUGUGUACGGGGGAGAACCAAGGUGUAGGGUCAAUAUGUCUCCUUGGCUGAACAAGUGUCGUUCGAGCAGAGCAAGGAGAGCUGUAAAGGAGCCAUUAGCGUUUUGUGGGCAAGAGCAGUUAUACGAGAUGUGUUGGUAAAAGGCGAGCCGUCCUUUUAUAAUGCCUGCUGAACUGAAGCUAUUGUUGUGAGACCUUCAGGAAGGCUACGUGUAACACCAGAGAAACGUGUCACUCAGUCAAUUAAACCGCCCCUGUUGUGAGUAGCCUCCGUUAUCGCAUGUGCAUGUGAUUUACAGAGACCAGUCAUAGUGGUCGAAAGCCCGUGAGAAAGGCAGGCGCAUCGUGGCGUUUCGUGUGAGCGUCCCAAAGAGUUCCUUGAAUCGUUUUUCUGCUCCGCAAAUGCCUAUCUUGCAAAAUGCGACAGAUGUAUCGCAUGCGUUUUACGUGUCAACAUGCAGCUUCUUUUGCAUUGCAGGGUUUCUUUCCUGUGAGCGAUGUCCAAUUUAUGUCUCGGCAGCUGUAACGCCAAAAAGACAGGAAGAUCACAUGAAAGAGGGGAG